AUUCCUCAAAUAAUACCUAUUAAAUGAUUCAUAAUUUAUUUUAUUUAUUUAAUUGUUUUUUAUAUAUUCAUUAUAUUAAUAAAUUCAUUCUUAAUUAAAUUUAAUUUAAAAUUUAAAAAAACUUCAAAAUCUUUAAAAAAAUGAAACUGACUAUGAUAA